GUUGAGCGUCAGUACCAUGACAACAGGACGAUGGCUACAAGCAAGAGGGUGAGAAAUGUGAUUGCUGUGUGAACCAGGAGUAACAAAACGUCGGAUUUUACUGACUGGCUCGUAAACUCAGAGAGGCAGGAUGUCUCUGUUCAAGGCCCGUGAUUGGUGGUCGGCGGUGCUUGGCGAAGGGGAGGAAUUUGACCAGGGAUGCAUCUGUGUCGGAGACGUAGACAACAGCGGCACCGGACAUGACAAGGUGGUGGUGGGCAGCUACAUGGGGAUGCUGCGGAUCUUCUUCCCUCAUACCAAUAAAUCCAGUGAGGCAGGCCAGGGUUCGGCCGAGGCGCAGCUUCUGGAAGUCCAGCUUCAAAACGCUAUCAUCCAGGUGGAAGUGGGAAAGUUCGUCUCGUGUUCGGAGCUUCUUCACCUGGCUGUUCUUCACCCCAGGAAGCUUUCAGUCUACUCUGUUUCAGGCACUGCAGGGAACGUGGAGCACGGUGAUCAGUACCAGCUGAAGUUGGUUUAUGAACACAAUCUGCAGAGAACAGCCUGCAAUAUGACCUACGGCACCUUCGGAGGAGUCACAGGUCACCACUCGCUGUGCAUCCAGUCUAUGGACGGGAUGCUGAUGUUCUUCGAGCAGGACAGCUACUCCUUCGGCAGGUUCCUCCCUGGUUUCCUGCUGCCGGGCCCGCUGAUCUACAACCCCAGAACAGACAGCUUCCUCACCGUGUCCUCCGCACGCCAGCUGGAGAGCUACAAGUAUGAGACUCUGGCCGUGGCUACAGAAGCAGAGAGUCGACAGGAUCCCGACCUGCCCCUCAAGUCCGGAGGCAAGAGGCUAAUGCCUGACUGGACGUUGGUCCUCGGAGAACAGGCCCUCGACCUCUCUGUUCCCUCCUUCUCCCACUCCUCCUCCUCUAUCUUCGUCCUGGGCGAGAGGAACCUUUACUGUGUCCGUGACAACGGCAUGAUCCGCUUCAUGAAGAAACUGGAGUUCAACCCGAGCUGCUUCCUGCCCUACUCCUCAGUGAUCGAUGGCACGACCAACCUGUUGCUAGGUAACCAUACCAACAUGCUGCUGGUUUACCAGGAUGUGACUCUGAAGUGGGCGGCCCAGCUCCCCUUUGUGCCCGUGGCCGUCCGCGUCGCCAACUUUCCGGAGUUGAAGGGAGUAGUGGUCAGUCUGAGUUCAGACGGUCACCUCCUGUGCUCGUACAUGGGUACGGAUCCCUCCUUCUUCUCCACGCCGAAGGUGGAUGCCAGAGAGGCAGACUAUGAGCAGGUGGACGCUGAGAUGAAGAAGCUGCAGAGAUUCAUCAGAGAAGCCACCAGGACUCAGGACAUCCUGCCUCAAACUGAGACUGAAGAGGACCUGACUGUCACGGCCAUUGUGUCUCCUGGCAUGGACAGCCCAUCGCAAGCUCCGAUCCAAGAUAUCAACGGUCUGUCCAUCCCUUCAGUAACCAUACAGGUGAAGGUGAAGGCCAGCUGCGUCGUUCAGUCCUCUAAACUGACCAUCGGCGUUCAGCCUCCUCUUGCUGUCACUCAGGACCAGUUUGUCCUCGAACCCAUGGAUGUUGGUUCCUCUACAGUUGUGGCGUUUUCAGCUUUCCUUAACGGCCGCUACCCCCCCGCUGAUCUGACCGGAGACAUCACCGUGUCCUACAGCUCGCCCACAGGAGUUCCCAGGGUUCUUCAGGCCAGGUUCAGUCUUCCUCUUGCGUUGGUUUGUGUUCCUUCUUCUCCGACCAAAACCACCAAGUUUAAGAUCACUGUGGACACCAACCAGCCACCAGUUGACCUCAACGCCAUCUUCUCAGAGUUUUCAGCAAAAUCAGAAGAUAAGGAUGGGAAUAGUUUGGCUUUCCAGUUCCUGUCAGGAGCCAAGGUUACUGUGCUGGCCUCGAAGACCUCCCAGCGUUACCGUAUUCAGAGUGACAGUUUCGAGGACAUGUGGUUGGUGGUGAAGGAGUUGGUCCAGAGGUUCGACCUGCAUUUCUCCAAAUUGGGAGUCAAAGACUUCAAGAAAAGCUUCAGUGGACCAGUCCCGCUGCAGGAGUACUUCCUGUCUGUAGACCACCACUUCCAGCUGCGUGUCAGUGCUCAGCAGUACCAGGACCUCCUGUCGGAGCGGGCGGUCCAGUUCAGAGCCAUCCAGCGCCGCCUGCUGACUCGAUUCAAAGACAAAACCCCGGCACCCCUGCAGAACCUGGACACACUGCUGGACGCCACUUACAGCCAGGUGAUGGCGCUCGCCGAGGCGGCGGAGGAGAACCGGGCGCUGCUGGAGGAGGCGUUCGUCCGUCUGCGGAGCGCUUCGCACCUGCUGGUGCUGCUGCUGUCGCUGUGGCAGGGCCUGACCCCCGACCAGAGUGCCAUACUGGAGGCCACGCUGCUCCCGCUGCUGCAGGACACACCACAGCUGGGUUGGGAGGAGAGCUGCGACGCUGCUGUCUCCCACCUCCUGCGGACCUGUCUUUCACGGAGCCCCAAGGACCAGGCCACAUCUCUGGCCCAGGCUGGAGGCCCCGUACUGGGCCUCCCCCGCGACACCGACCGCCUCAAGAAGCACAUCACCCUGAUGUGCGAUCGCAUCGGCAAGGGAGGCCGCCUCACGCUAGCCUCCGAGGCAAACGUCCAGGUCCCCGCGCAGGUCCAGAACCUGGCCGCUCCCGGAGGUGUGGAGCCUAUCGCAGAGGUGGCUGGUGACGGGGAGGAGCUGAAUCUCUCUCAGGAGCCGACCAAGUUCAUCAAGAAGAAACAGCCGUCUAAGAAAGUCAAGAAAGAUAAAGACUCCAAAGAGAAGAAGGAGGUGUCCAGGGAGCCGUCAGAGGCCACCGUGAAAGAAGAAGCAGGAGGCGCUGAGGAGACGGUCAAAGAGGUGAAAAAGGAGAAGAAGGAGUCGUCCAAGGAGAAAAAGGAGUCGAAGAAGGAUUCAAGCAAAGAGCCCAAAGAGGAGACAAAGAAGGAGUCCAAGAAGGAGUCCUCCUCCUCCAAGGAGAAGAAGGAGUCGUCAAAGGAGAAGAAGAAGGACAAGGACAAGGAAGGGAAGGAAGCCAGCAAGGAGUCGGGGGACAAGAAAGUGUCCAGGAAGUCGUCCGUAAAAGUGAAAGAGAAGAAGAAGGAGCCAGAGGCUGCGGAGGGCUGAACGGAGCAAUAAUCUCACAUGAUAUGCAUACAGACACAUGUAUAAACAAAACACAAGAUACAUGUCUAAAUAUCACAAACACAUACACAAACAAGGGGGCUGGCACAUAUAAAUAUACAUAUAUGUACAGUAUAUACAGUGGACAUGUAAACAUAUACAGGCCCUAUAACUCGACACCACACGUUCACAUAUGCAGUCUAAAUAUAUAUUUACAUGUAAAUAUACUCAAGGCCGCACAUCUCGGUAGCAAAGAAAUUUCCUCUCAGACAUGUAUUUACAUCGUCUAGUAAUAGCAGAUCCUCACACACACACACACACACAAACACACACACACACACACUCUCUAUGUCUCUGUGCUGCUGCUGAUGAACCACACCACAUCUAGUAGUUUUUCGAGUGUGUGCACUGCGGUGAGGUUUGAGCCCACGGAGAGCGAGGAAAAACGCGAAAUCCUCCUCCUCCUCCUCUCCUCAGACAUUUUCGCUGACUCUCUCCUUCCCUCCUCCUCCUCCUCUUCUUCCUCCUCAUCUUCUUCUUCUUCAUCUCAGCAGCCUCAGCAGCAGUCGAACCCACAACCCUGCGUCCUCCUUAAUCCCAGUCAGGCCCCAAACCACCCCCUUCGCCUACGCACGCUUCUGGAUGUGACGUCAAAACUGCCCUCUCGCCCCCUCGCGUGGCACCAAGCCUCGCCAGAGCCCUCCCCCGCCUCGCCGCUAAGAAUAAACCGCACGCCGUGUCCAGCUGCCCCGUUGCUUCCGGGUACAUCUAGGCCACAUCCUAUAGCCACCACCACCACCACCACCACCUCCCCCUCUGACCUCCUCCGGUCAGUUUUGUUUUUUCAUCUGGGACACUCAAGGACACGCGGCUGCUGAUGGACACAUAUUUGGUGCUGCGGCGUCGAACCUGAGACUGUUUUUUUGUACGGUGGAAACCAUCAGGGAGUUUCAGGAAGGAGAGGAGAGCCUGUAGGGAACUUCACCUCAUCUUCAAGAACAUUAGUAGAGAUGUUUAGACAUCACACGCACUCUUUAGGCUCUUAUGUCGUCUGUUAGCAGCUCCGUACGAUACGUUUUGAUACGACACCGUAAGACGAACGUUACUGGUGCAAGAGGAGUCUCAAAUAAAACACAGGUGUAGGUUUGAAUAGAAACAAACAGAAGGUGCUAAAGGGUUGAUCACUCAAAUUACAACAGAAAAAAACAUAUUUUCCUACUUCUAUCGGUAUGUAGAUAGUUUUUGGUUGAUUUGUGCAGGUUCUGAGUAGCAAGUAUAGAAAACUGUAAAGUACUGAAAGGACCGAAUGUCAGAUUUGUGGUUUACUUUCUCUUUCAUCAGAUAUUUACUGAUUUAAGUCCAAAUUUUGCCAAUUGUCGACUGUAUUUUAUUUAGGCAAAGUUCUUUAUGGCUGGUUUGGUUACCAUUUUAAAAAAAAAAAAGGAAGUUUGGGUGCUUCUUCAAGGAUUCAAGAACCUUUAUUGUCAUCUCACCACAGUCACAUUUAUACUUUUUAGUUUCAAAUGUUACCUGUGAGACAUGAAAUAGCGUUUCCUGGAUUUGGUGAAAAAGUUAUUUUCAAUAGAAAAAUGGGGUUUUGUAGAAAAACAUGUUUACAUUCCACAAAGUAAUGUAUGGAAAUAGUCUUAUUGACAUUAGCACUGAAAAAAUUCAGCCCCUAAUUGUGAGAUAUUUACCUGCCUCCAUCCCAGUAGACUGGAGGUGAAUGGGAUUGUAUUUGUGGUGGUUAAAUGAUUGAACGGUUGCACUUCUUUCCAGAAACAGUGUCCACCCUGUCGAUUGAUUCGUUAGAGACCAUUUCAUCUGCAGAAAGAAAGCUCCAAUGAAAACAAAUCAGUCUGUGUUUUGUCCAGUUAAACAGCAACACAGUUUUUUUGGAAAGAAACUGUUUUAUCAAAUGUAAUUUUGUUAUGUUUGGAGGCAGAAAUCUCAAAACUUAGACAAACAAUUUUACUGUGUGUACAAGUUUGCAAGACAGCGUACUGUCCGUGCAGAAUAUCAUAACAACUUUAUUAGUAAACUUGAAAAUUAAUCAGGAGCUUUAAAAGAAUCCAGAUGUCACAAUUUCAUCAAAAAGCCAUUAGAGGUGUUUUCUUUCGAGAUGAAUUCACCACAAAAUGAUUAACGGCACAAAAUCGAGACACAUUUUGGACACAUACAUGCACCUGGAACAGUUUUAAAGAUUGAAUGGUGUAGAUUUUUUUUUUUCUUUUUUCAGGGUAGAAAUGUAAGGCUCACACACACAAACACACACACACACACACACAGAAGUUUAGGAGCUUUGAGCUGUUUUUAUUCCAGACAUGAAGCUUAUAGACUUUAGCCAUAGAUGCUGUGCCAGUUUAACCAUUGACAAUCCCAGCAGCUCUGCACUGCACGUCAAUCCUGCUCCAUGUUCAGCCUCAGCCCUUCUGUCCACUGGGAAACUAGUUUGGCUGUAUUUUAGUGUUUUUAAUAUUUAAAUAUUCAGAGCUUUUAUCACGUCAUAGUUUGAGCUGUGAUAACGGAGGAUGGUGAUGUAAUAAAGGUUCCCAUUGGACACAAGGUACCACAUGUUGUUCUCUCAGAAUACGUUGAAUGUUUGUAAUAUAGAGUAGGUUUUGUACUGUUGUAUUAGCUGUUCACAUGUACCAGGCUCCUGUUCUGAGUCUGCCUCUUAUAGCCACAAUUCAUUCCAAAAAAAAUACGAUGUUCUGCACUUCAAAACAACAGAUCUUUGAAAAUAUUGAUUAUUGUGCAGCUUCAAGAAGAUCCCCCGACCGAGACGUUUGAGAAUGAAAGUUUAUUUAUGAAACAUUUAGUAAUAAAAGUAAUCUACUGUAAGU